CCCCGUGCGCCUUGCAGCGGCACAGCGCACGUACCUGCCUCCAGCCAUUCCUCCAUCCCUCCUCCGGGCAGUCCUGAACGUCUCUCGGCAUUCCCCAUCCUUCCUCCCUCGUGUCCUCCACCCCCUCCUCCCCCGUCCGCUGUUUCCCUCCAGCCGUCCAUUCAUCCCGACAGCCACUCCUUCCUCCCUCCAUACAGCCCUUCCUCCCUCCAUACAGCCCUUCCUCCCUCCUCCCUCCAUUCGGCCGUCCCUCGACUAGGCCGGGAUGCUGCCACCUCCCGCCCAGGGGCCCCGCUUCGCCGCCCCGCGGCAGAGAGCGGGGUCCGAGCCCCGUGAUGUCUCCUCCAUCCUCGGGAUCGACUGCACGGCCGCCUCCUCCUCCUCCCGUCCUCGUCCGUCAGCCUCGGCGCUCUCCUCGUUAUCUCCGCAGGCAUCCCUGGCCUGCGUGUGCACCUCUUCACCCUAGUCGCUGUCCCCGUUUGUCUACUCGCAACAUUGCUCUUGCUCGUCUUGCCCACCAUCUUCGUCGGACGUGCACACUCCACGUCAUCAUCAUCUUCGUAAACACCAUCCUCAAAUACGGUCGUCAGCAUCAUCAUCAUCACCCUCCUCUUCCUUUUCAAUAUCAGCAUCUUCACCCUCAUGCCCCUGCUCGCAAUCGCCCUAUUCCUCCUCAACAUCAUCAUCCUCCUCUCCCCCUGCUACUCAUCCAGCUCUUCUUCAUCCUCCUGCACCUCAUCCCGCCGAGGUCCUCAUCCUCACGCUCAGCUCCCUUCUCUCCUCCACACUUUUGCUUCUCGUAUCCCUCAUCACCACCCUCCUCCAAGUCAGCCUCCUCACCUCCAUCCUCUCGCUCCUCAUCUUCCUCCUCCUCCUGGCGGUCACCCUCACAAUCAGAACCCUUCUCCACGACAAACAUCGCCACUUCGAUCCUCCUCGACCAUGCACAACGCCACCACCGUGGACCUGCCUCCCAGCAACUUCACCGUCACCCCGGCAGGAAGUGGCCCGUGGUUCAGCUUCACCCUGCAGCCCGGCGGACAGCAGGACCAGCAGCGGCAUCAUCGUCAGCAGCAAGAUGAUAAUCGGAAGCAGGAGGUCGUGGUGCUGGCCAUGCAGGCCCUGGCCAUGCUCGUCAUCUUCAUCCUCUCGCUCUUCGGCAACGCCGCCGUGGUGCUGGUGAUCGCCAAGCACAGGCAGCUGCGCACUGUCACCAACGCCUUCAUCGCCUCCCUCAGUGGCUCGGACCUGCUCACGGCCCUGCUGUGCAUGCCUCCCUCCUUCGCCUCGCUCUUCACCCGAGACGACGGCUGGCUGCUGAGCGACGGGCGCCUCUGUGCCACCACGGGCCUCCUCAACACGUGCCUGGGCAUCGUGUCCACCCUCACCAUGACGCUCAUCUCCUGCGACCGCUACUGCGCCAUCGUGCGACAACCUCACGGCAAAAAGAUCGGCCGGCGACGCGCGGUGCAGCUGCUGGCCGCCGUGUGGCUGGGAUCUCUCCUGCUGGCGGGGCCUUGGUACCUUCUUCAGGUGCCCAACAGCUGGUCCCACCACCCGCAGCAGGGCAACCAGCAGCAGCAGCAGCAACCGAGGCGCGGUGGCCUCGUGCACUGCAUGUACGCAUUUCACGCCGCGGCGCCGUCUCGCCUGGGCAGCUCGUACGGGGUGGCUCUUAUCGGCGUCUGCUACCUGCUGCCGUUCGCCCUCAUGUGCUUCUGCCACUACAACAUCUGCAAGACGGUGCGCCUCUCCGAGGUCCGCGUGCGCCCCGUGGCCACCUACGCCUACCUGCUGCGCUUCUACAGCGAGAUGCGCACGGCCACCACGGUACUCAUCAUGAUCGUCUUCAUCAUCGUCUGCUGGGGGCCCUACUGCGCCAUGGGCAUCGCCCGAGCCGCGGGGGGCUACACGUUCACGCCGGGCCUGGACGCGGCCGCAAUGUGCAUGGCGUGGGCCAACGGAGCCAUCAACCCGCUCAUCUACGCGGCGCGCAACCCCAACAUCUCCAUGCUGCUCGGGAGAAACCGGGAGGACGGAUACCGCACGGGUAACCCCAUCGCCUCGUACCUCUCGAGCCAGGGAAGGGCGGCCGGAGGGGGCAGGAGGGGCCGGGCGGACCGGCUGCGGGACCGCUACGCUGAUCGGCCCCAUCAGCACCAAGGACAGCACCAUCAUCUGGGGCAGCAGCACCAGGGUCUACAGCAGCAGGGGCAGCAGCUGCUGGCUGCCACAGCGCGGGCGGGCAGCGGCGUGUCCUCGUCCAGCCCGGGCAAUGGAGAGCUCGCCAUGUGGGCUUGCAAGAGCCCAGCCGCACUCUUCUGCACGGAGGUGCCCGGUGCCGAGACUUUGCCCGCGGGGGCCAGUGUGCAGGAUACCGCUAACACGUGCCUCUAGAGCGGGAUUGAGGCCAGCAUCAACCUGGUGUGGCCUCUUAGACUGCUCGUGGCGAUGAUAGUGGUUGGUAGUCUGCCAGACUUGGUCCGUCGGACAGCAACGGCACAAACUUGGUGCGUGGUCUCACACUGCUGGUUGUGGUUGUGACCUGGAGCGCAGGAACAACACUCACCUGCUGUGGCCGCCGAACGUGGUUCUCGGACGUGGUCGGUAGCCCAGGACCAGCAAUCAACCUCGUGUGGCCUGCAGAUGAGGUCACUUCACCCGAGCCCAGCGUACAUGCCGAGGAACUAAGAUGCAACCUGCAGUUGUAAGUGAAGAGUGUUUCGAUCACCCUACGACCUAUUUGUAUCCGUUUACAAUUACCGUGCAGUUGUUCUCCAGAUUGAGUGGCAGUGCAGAGAUUUGCGCGCUGUGCUCCGAAACCGACGAGCCGAGUUCGAUUCCCGUUCACGGCCAACAUCGGUGACGAAUAUCUGAACCGGUCCUGAGCCUCCCAUAGGCCGACUCGGCCUCAAAUGAGUACCUGGUGCGGUGUGCACAUCGUCAAUCAGGAAGACAAAGGCGGACGGGCGUGGUGCUGGCCACCCACCCCCUCCUGUGCCACUUCGGCCUUCGUAAGUGCUCACGAAACAUUUGCUCCAAACGUCUAUUAAGGCGAAACGGGGGGGAUCUUCGUCUGUCUUUUGUCCAGAUUGAGAAUGUUGUAUACCGAGUCUUGGUUAAUGAACAAGGGAGCACUCAUCAGUCUUAAGCUGCAAAACAAUGCACCAACAUCCCAGCUCUGGUGUCGUGUUUUCCACGCGUGGGUGGUGGGGAUGUGCAACUUCGCACGGUGAUUAUGCCUCGACCCCACGCGCGUGUUGCUUGAAAUAGAACGAAACUCUGAAUGGGGUGGCGAUUGCCUCCUUAAGCAAGUCGUGAGCCACCCCUCAAUUAAAUCAUCGCCCUUCAGAUGUAUAUCAGGGGAGGUAUUCUAAUAUUGGCUUUAAUAUUGUCGCCAGUAUCUGGGAUUGGUUCUAACAUAUGGUGACAUUCAAGAGUUGUCCAAUGCUAAUGCCUGGGUUUAAUCUGGGUACUCGGGCAUUCUCCCACAUGAUGAAAAAGCGUCCCGAAUGCAAUUUGCCAAAUAUCCUUGAACAUUAUGGACUCCGUGAGUAUAUGGUUAAAAGUAGUAAAAUAUAUAACAUAAUUUUACAGGUUAACAUAAUUACGUCAUUGGUCUAAUAAAUUAGCACCACUAGGGCAUUACCACCCCUAAGUGGCACAAAUUUCUGAACUACAAAAUGAUGCAGAUUUACAUCCGAAUUAUCUCGUAAAUCAAGUGGGAGCUCAUGACUCCACGUUUAGGAGGACACAAUGGCUCAGAGUUCAUACGUGCAGAGGAGCUGGAACUCUGGGCCAAGGCAGGGCUGGAGGAUUUCAGAAACGUUCGUCAAGGCAGGGUGCACAGACGAGAAAAACCCAACCGCAGCUCGGCUUUUAUUUACAAUUCAUCUCAAUUGUUAUUUUGCCCUUUGUGUUUGCCAUCACACCUUGGAGACGCAGAUGACUCAUACACAUGGCCACGAUGACUAUUGUGCAGAUAAUUGGGUAGACGGAACGGGAAAAUCGGAGAUGUUAAUUACGAUAACUGCCAUGCCAGUGGUUGUCAUGGGUGACGCAAUACAAAAAAACUCUGUCGUGUGAAAGUUCACUCAUUUGGACAAAGCUACACAUGCAGCACCAAAAUGUAUUUUAGGAAAGUGUUAUAUUUAUAUAUGUGCAAGGGGCCAAAACAUUCCCAACAAACAUUUAAAGUGCCAUCUUUUUAAACUGAAGACGCUCAAUAAACUCGCAAGUGCUAGAUUUAAAAUCACUUUACAAAUCCUGUGUUGUAGUGUCACGUGCCUCGUGAGAGUACCUGUGUAGUGACCAGAUGUUGAGUAUUUUCCCGUGAGCGAUUCAUCCCUGUAUGUCGUGUUGUGACGUGCCACUCUCUGAAUUGUCUGCCGCAGAUGUCUCAUCAUAUGUGUUACGUGUUCAAUAAACGACACAGCCC